AUGGCAAAGAGUGGGGCAUUUGAAGGGGAUCCAGGUAUGGUAGCCAAGGCCAUGGAGUUGAAGAGGGAAUUGCAGAAGUUAGUGAAGGCAAUUGUUGAUGAGGAUGAUGAUUAUUUAGGGACGAUUGAUAGAGCCGAGCAAAUGUUAUGUGCUUUGAAAGAAUUGAAGGUAAAAAAAUCAUUAUCCUCUUCAAAGAUUCAUCCUCAUCAUCAGGAUACAGUUUCACAGAAGAUUCCAGAGGAGUUUAAGUGCCCACUUUCCAAGGAACUCAUGAGGGAUCCGGUUAUUGUUGCAUCUGGUCAGGUUCGUAAUUUUAUUUUCACAGUUUAG